AUGCAUAUAUAUAAAUAACAUUCACUGUUGAAAAGUAUAAUUCGUAAGUUUUCUUAAAUUAAACCUAAAACUGUUCCGAAAAGACCUAUAUAUUUAGAUUUUUAAUCUACAACACCUUUGGAUUUUCGAGUAUUAGACAAAAUGAUGCCUUUUUAAAUUAAUUGCUAUGGAAAUCCCCAUUCAAGGACACAUGAAUAUGGUUGGCAAACUGAAAAGGCCGUUUAAGAUGCACGUAAAAAUAUAAGUGAUUUAAUAAAUGCAGAUCCUAAAGAAAUAAUAUUUACUUCAGGAGCGACUGAAUCAAAUAAUGCAGCAUUAAAAGGAUUGACAUAAUUUCACGGGAAAAAAAAAAAACAUAUAAUUACAACUUAAAUAGAACAUAAAUGUAUACUUGAUACAUGUAGAAAUUUAGAAGAAUAAGGUUUUGAAGUUACUUAUUUACCAGUUGAUAAGAAUGGACUUGUUAAUAUAGAAACUUUUAAAAAAGCAUUAAGAAAUGAUACUUUAGUUGCUAGUGUAAUUUUUGUUCAUAACGAGAUCGGGGUUGUGCAAGAUAUGAAAUAAUUAGGAUAAAUUUGCAGAGAAAAUAAAGUAUAUUUCCAUACUGAUGCUUCUUAGGCUCUUGGAAAAGUGCCUAUUAAUGUAGACGAGUUAAAUAUUGAUUUAAUGUCAAUCACUAGUCAUAAAAUUUAUGGCCCUAAAGGAAUCGGAGCUUUAUAUGUCAGAAGAAAACCUAAAGUUAGAAUUUUACCAAUUAUUAAUGGAGGAGGAUAAGAAAGAGGAUUAAGAAGUGGAACUUUGGCUCCUCAUUUAUGUGUCGGAUUUGGAGAAGCAUGUGCUAUUGCAAAAUUAGAAAUGAAAAACGAUAAUGCUCAUGUUAAUAGACUUUCUAACCUUUUUAUGGAUUAAAUUAAAAAACAAAUUCCUAAUAUAUAUUUAAAUGGCGACAAUGAUAGAAGAUAUAAAGGAAAUAUAAAUAUUUCAUUUGCAUUCGUAGAAGGGGAAAGCUUAAUUAUGGGAAUUAAAUAAUGUGCAGUUUCAAGUGGUUCAGCAUGUACAUCAGCUUCUUUAGAGCCUUCAUAUGUAUUAAGAGCUUUAGGGGUUGAUGAAGAAUUAGCUCAUACUUCAUUAAGAAUAGGAAUCGGGAGAUUUACUACUGAGGAAGAAAUUAAUUACUUAGUUUAAGUUCUUGUUGAAAAAGUUACAUCAUUAAGAGAAAUGUCUCCUUUAUGGGAAAUGGUAUAAUAAGGAAUUGAUAUAAAAUAAAUUUAGUGGAGUUAACCUCACUGA